AUGUAUAUCUCACAGCUCGCUUUUGUCGCCGCUCUGGCAGCCUCGGUCUCGGCCCACGGUGUCGUCACUGAGAUCCAGGGAGCCAACGGUGUGAGCAUGCCCGGUCUCACAGUGGCUGACGGCACGCCUCGCGACUGCUCUUCCAACGGCUGCGGAUCCCAGGCAGACACCGCAAUCAUUCGUGAUGGCGAGAUCGCCAGUGGAAAGGCAACACCUCUAGGACGUACCCAAGGCAAUGGUCCCGUUGAUGCAUCCGUCAUGGUCGCGGCUUUCAUGGGGGCUGCUACAGGAGUUGCUCCGCCAACCAACCAGGGUGCUUCUGGCGCCGUGGGCGUCGAGGACGACAUACCCCAGAACGCCCAGGGUCGCGGUGGUGCCGGUGCUGGUGCUCGUAGGCGCCAGCUCUUGAGUGGCCUUUUCGGAGGCGGAGGUGCUGGUGGUGCUGGAGGCGCCGCUGGUGCCGCUGGUGCAACUGGUAUCGCGGGUCUCCUCGGUGGAGGUGGCACCAAGGCUGAGGGCCCACCAGAGGCUCGUGUUGCUGCUGCUAAUGGCGCGGGCGCAAGCAGUGGUCUGCCCACUUGCGCAACCGAUGGCACAGUCACCAUGACUCUUCGUCAGAUCAACCAGGAUGGCGCCGGUCCGUUCACUGCCGAUGUCGAUGGCACCAGUGGAGGAACCGACGAAGCUGCGAUGCAGCCUGCGACUGUUGUUCAGGACGUGCCCGGCCUCGGCGUCCAGGGUAUCUCUCUGGCCACCAGCACCGAGUUUGAGAUGAAGGUUCAGAUGCCUGCAGGUAUGACUUGUGACGCUACCGUUGCCGGAACCCCCAACGUCUGCGUCAUGAGGGUCCGCAACGGUGCUGCUGCUGGUCCCUUCGGUGGCAGCGUUGCCUUUACCCAAGGUGCUGCUGCGAGGAAGCGAGCCGUCGCCUACAGGCUGAAGAAGCGUAUGGAGAUUGCCCGCAAGCACUAG